UGGCGGAAGUUGAUCUGAUGGCCUCAGAGGAGGAGGCGAGGCGGGACUGGGUGGCUGUGCUAGUCUGUGAACUGUCCUUGGAAGGAAAAGUUGGGUGCUGCGGAUCCUGAGGGUGGACAGCAGGCUAUGAAUCUUUCCUUGGAUUCAGCUUUCCAGGUUGUCUGUGUGGCCAAUGGAGUCCGAGCCUUUCCACAAGGUCACGCCUCUGCUGGAGAGCUGGGCGCUGUCCAGAGUGGCGGGUAUGACAGUCUUCCUCAAGUGUGAGAAUGUGCAGCCCUGUGGCUCCUUUAAGAUCCGGGGCAUUGGGCAUUUCUGCCAGCAGAUGGCCAAGAAGGGCUGCAGUCACCUGGUCUGCUCCUCAGGGGGCAAUGCAGGACUUGCUGCUGCCUACUCUGCUCAGAAGCUGGGCAUUCCCGCCACCAUCGUGCUCCCAGAGAACACCUCCCAGCAGGUGGUGCAGCGCCUGCAGAGUGAGGGGGCUGAGGUCCAGCUGACUGGAAAGGUCUGGGAUGAAGCCAACAUGAGGGCCCAAGAACUGGCCACAAGGGAUGGCUGGCUGAAUGUCUCCCCAUUUGACCACCCCCUGAUAUGGGAAGGCCACGCCAGUCUGGUGCGGGAGCUGAAGGUGUCUCUGGGGACCCCACCAGGUGCUGUGGUGCUGGCAGUUGGGGGUGGAGGGCUCCUGGCAGGUGUGACAGCUGGCCUGGUGGAGGUGGGCUGGCAGCAUGUGCCCAUUGUCGCCAUGGAGACCCGAGGGGCACACAGCUUCAAUAUGGCCAUGAAGGCAGGAAGGCUGGUCACUCUACCAGACAUCACCAGUGUGGCCAAGAGUCUGGGAGCCAAGACGGUGGCCUCGAGGGCUCUGGAGUGCGCACAGGAGUGUGAGAUCAUCUCUGUGGUGGUAGAUGACAAAGAGGCUGUGAGUGCCGUGCAGAGGUUCCUGGAUGAUGAGCGUAUGCUGGUGGAACCUGCCUGUGGGGCGGCCCUCGCUGCUGUCUACUCAGGCCUCCUAGGGAGGCUGCAGGCUGAGGGCCGCCUGCACCAGGCCCUGGCAUCUGUGGUGGUCAUUGUGUGUGGUGGCAACAACAUAAACAGCCAACAACUUCAGGAGCUGAAAACUCAGCUGGGUCAUAGCUGAGGGCUCCCAGAGAGCCCCGAGACUCUCCUGGACACUCUUAUGGUCAGCCAAAGUGCUCUGUUUCAAGUUACCCUGUCUUCCUCCCCCAGGAAGCUCUCCUGGAUUUCUCCUGGUAGCUCGCUACAGUCCAGUGAAUAAACAUUCCCAAGCUGA